UAUGAAGCUGCUGUACAUGACUACGUCUGCUACAUCAGAAGGAGCUGAAAUUAAAGCAAAAAUUCUUAUUGUUGGCAACGGGAAGGUCAGCAAUCUCCAUUCAGACACCAGGUGGGACAUUAUUGCUACACAUGCUGUGGAAAGAGAUAAGUCUGGAGCCAGCGUAUGAAAUCACAGGGGUUUCAGGUUACACCCGUUUUACUUAGACUACAAGACAAAGAUUUCUUGAAAAUUGAGAUCUUCAGUUUUCUGGACAAGAUGCCCUUGCUAAGCUCCAGCAAGUUGAGCGUGGAGAGCAGAAAAGAAGAUGGUGAAGGCACAGUGCCGGCCCCUCCACAGAAGAAGCUGUCAUGUCAGUGCCACCACCAUUGUCCUGAGGACUCAGUCAACAGCACCUGCAGCACUGAUGGCUACUGCUUCACCAUAAUAGAAGAAGAUGAUUCUGGUGGACAUUUGGUCACCAAAGGAUGUCUGGGAUUAGAAGGCUCGGACUUCCAGUGUCGGGACACUCCUAUUCCACACCAAAGAAGAUCUAUUGAAUGUUGCACAGGCCAAGAUUACUGUAACAAACAUCUUCAUCCGACACUGCCUCCACUGAAAAAUCGAGAUUUUGCUGAAGGAAACAUUCACCAUAAGGCCCUGCUGAUCUCAGUGACUGUCUGUAGUAUACUUCUGGUGCUUAUCAUCAUAUUCUGCUACUUCAGGUAUAAGCGGCAAGAGGCCAGGCCCCGCUACAGCAUUGGACUGGAGCAGGAUGAGACCUACAUUCCCCCUGGAGAGUCCCUGAAGGAUCUGAUUGAGCAGUCCCAGAGCUCUGGCAGCGGCUCCGGGCUCCCUCUCCUGGUUCAGAGGACCAUAGCAAAACAGAUUCAGAUGGUAAAACAGAUUGGAAAAGGUCGCUAUGGGGAAGUCUGGAUGGGAAAGUGGCGUGGCGAAAAGGUAGCUGUCAAAGUGUUUUUUACCACAGAAGAGGCCAGCUGGUUCAGAGAAACAGAAAUCUACCAAACUGUCCUGAUGAGGCAUGAAAAUAUUCUCGGAUUCAUUGCAGCAGACAUUAAAGGCACAGGCUCUUGGACCCAACUGUAUCUGAUCACUGACUAUCAUGAGAAUGGCUCCCUUUAUGAUUAUCUAAAAUCAACCACCCUGGACACAAAAGGCAUGCUAAAACUGGCUUACUCCUCUGUUAGUGGAUUGUGCCACCUACAUACGGAGAUCUUCAGUACCCAAGGCAAACCAGCCAUUGCCCACCGUGAUCUAAAAAGUAAGAACAUCCUGGUGAAAAAGAAUGGAACCUGCUGUAUAGCAGAUUUGGGCUUGGCUGUUAAAUUUAUUAGUGAUACAAAUGAGGUAGACAUCCCUCCAAACACCCGCGUGGGAACAAAACGCUAUAUGCCUCCUGAGGUGCUGGAUGAAAGCUUGAACAGAAAUCACUUUCAGUCAUAUAUCAUGGCUGAUAUGUACAGCUUUGGACUCAUCCUUUGGGAGAUAGCCAGGAGAUGUGUGUCAGGAGGAAUAGUGGAAGAAUACCAGCUUCCAUAUCACGACCUUGUGCCCAGUGACCCCUCCUAUGAGGACAUGCGGGAGAUUGUGUGCAUCAAAAGACUACGUCCUUCAUUCCCCAACAGAUGGAGCAGCGAUGAGUGCCUGCGGCAAAUGGGGAAGCUCAUGAUGGAAUGCUGGGCCCAUAACCCUGCGUCCCGACUCACAGCCCUACGAGUCAAGAAAACACUUGCCAAAAUGUCAGAGUCUCAGGACAUUAAGCUCUGAUGAAGCAAAAACAACUCCUUCUCAUGAAGACCCUUGGAAACAGACUUUCUCUUGCAGGCAGAAGUCAUGGAGAGAUGCUGAUAAGUACCCUGAUUGCAGUCGUAUUUAAGAGCAACUGUUUGUUUGACAGCUUUGAGGAGAUAAUUCUUAGCAAAAUCAGCUGAAUUUUGGCAUGCAAGGCUGGGAGAGGCUUAUCUGCCCUUGUUUACACAGGGAUAUACAGUUUUAGUAACUGGUUUAAGAUUAUGCAUGUUGCUUUCCAUGAAAGCCACUUAUUAUUUUAUUAUUAUUAUUGUUAUUAUUAUUUUGAUUGUUUUAAAAGAUACUGCUUUAAAUUUUAUGAAAAUAAAACCUUUGGUUAGAAGUUAAAAGGAUGUAUAUUGCUACAUUAAAAAAAAAAAGGAUGAAACUGUGCUGAUGAUGGAAGCAAAGCGACUUUCUCAUUUAUAAUGAAACUCUUGCACUCCAGCAUUUAGAAAAAGAGAGGGUCUGAGCAUCUCGGAGAAGCUGCAGUGGAAAUCAUGCUGAAAGCCACUUCCCUGGCAUUGUCCCACAGUCCUGUGCACGUUGGGGAUUGUCCUCCUGCAGACAGAGCCUGGUUAUGUCCCUACUGUCAUAAAUGUGGAGGCAGAAUUCUUGUGAGUGCCUGCCCCUAGGGAGGUUGCAUCUCAUUUAGGAUCACCCGAAGCUGUUAGGACACAGCUCCAGCAUGUUGCUGCAACACCUCAUGUCAGCUGUCAUCUCAGUGAGGGGCUGGUUCUUAGCGUUCAUCCCAAAGCCCCUCUUCACUCCUAGCAUCACCAGGCACCAGUUGGAAUGCUGCAGCAGGUGUAAAUUUAAGACCAUAUUUUUAGGGCACCAGACGUUGAUGAGCAUUUUGACAUGAAAUUAUGACUGUUUUUGAUAGCUUUUCAGCAACCUUGUAGCCUGCACACUACGAGAGUUUCCACCACCAAGCUGAGACUGCGUAGCAUCUCACUGGUAAGAGUUUUUGGAAGAGCCUCAGGCAACACAGUUAUCUCUCUCUUUUCCUCCAUCCUACAGCUGCAGCAAUUACAGCCAUGUAAAAACUGAAGAGGGAAUGAGAGGCAACAGGACAACUAAAUUUUCCCUAUGAAGUAUUUUUCUGUGGAAAGGUCUCUGUUCUUCACCAUAUUAUCAAAGCUGAGCUGUAUGGGAGCUACCAUUGUACACUUAAUUAUUAUUAUUAUUAUUUUUUGCCCUCCUGUGUCCUGUUUCACAUGGUAGUGUUCAGUUUAAUUUUGGAAAAGUUCCUUACAAAUACUGCUUUGAUUAUGCUAAAACUAUUUCAGAAGUAAAAUAAUUGCCAUGUUGGAUUUAUCCUUAGCAUUUAUGCAAUGCUUUUUUUUUUUUUCUUUUUGGACAAAACUGAUUUAUUUGUAGUAGGUAGGUAAGUAUAAUUGGGGUUUAGCUCCAAGGAUCCCCGAAGGUAUUUCUAGUUUGAAAAAUUACCAUUUAAUUCUUUCAAGCUAAUGGAGAAAAAUGUGUAAGGUUCAAGAGAAACAGCGAGACUUGCAUGAUUAUGGGUGUUAAAGUUUAAUCAGAGGAUUUUCAUUAAUUAGAGUGGUGGGUUUUUUUUUGUUUUGUUUUUUGCUUUGCAGUUUCCCUGCCUGUAUCCAAAAAUACCAAGCAACACGAAAAGAAAAUCUCCGCAAAUUAACAGUAAGCCAAAUCCUGCCCCAGAGGGGGAAUGCUGGUUUCCACUGUCUUUAAUAAAUAGAAUACUUGCAUCAAAGAGGCCUGAGUUUGCUGCUCUCUUUGAGUGCUUUUAUUUGAAGAUUUGUGGACAAAAAUAGUACCUUUUUGUCUUAGAGACUUGACUCAUAGGGUUUCCAUUAAUUUUCAUUAAUUAAUUUUACCUUUUGCCUUUGUGCCCUUUCCCUUAUGAAACAAACCUGAUCUCAAAAGGGCUUGGAUUUCUUUGAUCUGACAAAGAGAAUGGGAAAUGCUAAUGGCCAGGGUUGGUCCUGCUAUGGCUGGUGAGGGGGUAAAACUCAUGGAAACAGGGACGUUGUUCUGAUUUUCAUAACAGUAGGUGGUGGACUUGGCUGGUCCCACACAUGACACGUGCAAGUUCAGUCCUUGCAGGUCCUGGGUAAGCAGUCACUCAGCAGGAAGCCUCUCUCCUGCUCUGUUGUAUUUUCCUCAAAUACAAUUUUUUUUUUUUUUUUAACUUUAAUGAUGAUUUAUUUCUCUGAAAGUGUUUUGGAGGGGGUUUUGCUGGCUGGUGCCUCCUGCCAAUGGUUUACUGGACACAAUGGCUCUCCAAGAUGUGUGCUGUCAGUGUGCUGUGAAAGUGUGCUUGUUCUCUGAACGAGCCUUGUUUUUUUUUCAGUCCAGAAGAAAUCUGAAAUACUGGUUGAUAGGUUACAUGAAGUGUCUAUGUUAAGUGUUCAAGUUAAUGUUUAGGGCUUUAUAUAUAUAUAUAUAUAUACACACACACUGCUGGGUGUCUGGAAUAACUUCAGUAUGUGGGUUGAGAGUAAAAUAUUAUGGAUGGUAAAGCACUAAAUAAAACGUAAUAUUUAUUUAUGAAAAUGCAUAACUGACAAAUCACUGCAACGGUGCUAUUUAGGAAAAUAAAUAUAUAUAUAUAUGUGUAUAUAUAGAUGAGGAGACACACACCUGAGAAAGCAGAGGUCUGCAUUUAUGUGAGUAACUGCCCAUUUUCUUCUUAGACCCAAAAGGCUGCACUUUCCCCCUCAAAUCUCCUACCCACUAUAAUCAAUGACACUAUAAAGGUGUAUUUCCUAAGACCUGAAAAUGGCUUAAGGCAAGCUUGGAAGUUGUUUCUUUUAGCACAGUGACAUUUGAGUUGCUGGCUGCAAGGUUGACUUUAUGCAAUACUUCAGAUGAAGUUAUUACAGUUUUAAGGUGCCCGGUGACACACAUUAGUACAUUCAUUUUACCAAUUAUAGACUCUUAAUGGCAUUUCCAGAUUUGGUAGUUUCACAGCACGCAUUGAUUUGGGCUUGGAAAUUGGUAGUAAAAUUAAUUGGUGUUUUAAUGCUGUCAGGUUUGGUAAUCCAGUUUUCUAAUGGGGAAAAUUUAGUUUAGUGACUUACUGGCAUAGACAAGAUGGCAUAGGGAGACAAAGAAAAAAAAAUACAACAAAGAGGAAGAGAGAGAUGCCACCUAGCAACUGCUAUCCUUUCUCUAGCACAGAAUUAUUUCUAUUAAAGAAAAGGUUGAUGAUGUAAAGACUAAGAAACUAAUUUGUGUUCUUUUUUGAGAACCAGUGCCUUAUUAAACCUGUAAAUACUGUAAUUAGAAACCUGGGGAACACACUGUUCUGUUGUAUUUGUUCAAAUUGUAUAUGGAUGUUUUAACGUUCCCCCAAAUAAAAUUGUUUCCAUCUCCCCAUGAAA